UUUACCGUUUCUGUUCGAAUGAGCUCACAUGUAAUGGAGUUUAUUAUUACUUCACCUCAAAAAAAAAAAGAAAAAAAAGGUGAAUUUGGGGUAAUAUAUAUAAAUUAUUAAUUAAAAAAGGGUUUUUUUGGAGUUAUUCAACUUGCUUCGUCCCCAUCUCUCCCCCAAUUCGGAGCCUUGCGAGGUCUCCUCCUCCUCCUCCUCCUCCUCUCAUCGUGUUCUACGUUUUGGAGCCAAAUACGGCGCCGAGAUGAGGUGUUGUUGCUCUACUGGUUGUGAUCGGAGUGGUUAUUGGAGCCCUCGGAAGGGGAAUUUGGGCAGGGAUUGAUGUGGGUCGCUUGCGGAGUCGAUUGAGUCGAUCGCCAUGUUUGGAUCGCGGAGAGUGGAUGAUGAGAUGCAGCUCGAGAGGCAGAGGACCGUGAGGUUCUACUCAGAUGGGAGACAAAACCAAGCUAUACCCACAUACCAGGCCCCAAAACCCAGCGUAUACGCCGCUACUAAACUUAAUGGUGUAAAUCCUGUGAAGCCGAAAGUGAUCUCCGAAGAACGCGAGCCGUGGCGGAAGAGAAUAUUUGACCCAGGAAGUGAUUUCGUAUUGAACUGGAACCGCUUCUUUCUCAUCUCGUGCUUGGUCGCUUUGUUCAUCGAUCCUAUGUACUUCUACUUGCCCGCGAUUGAUUAUGGUGAGACCACUUCGUGUGUCAAGACCGACUGGCGUCUUGCUAUCGUGGUCACCAUCUUUCGAUCGCUUGCAGAUCUAUUAUAUGCUAUCCAUAUUGUUAUAAAGUUUCGAACUGCGUAUGUGGCCCCGAAUACGAGGGGUUUCGGACGGGGAGAGCUCGUCACGGAUCCUAAAAGAAUCGCGAGGAGGUAUUUAAGGUCGGAUUUUAUUAUUGACCUAGCUGCAGCAUUGCCUCUACCACAGAUUGUUAUGUGGUUAGUAAUACCAGCAAUCAAGAACUCAACUCCCCAACAUAGCAAUAACACUCUUGCUCUCAUCAUCUUAAUUCAAUAUCUUCCGAGGCUAUAUUUAACAUUUCCUUUGAGUUAUGAAAUUAUUAAAGUCACGGGUGUCGUUGCGAAGACUGCUUGGGCCGGAGCUGCGUACAAUCUAUUUCUUUACAUGAUUGCCAGCCAUGUUUUAGGAGCGAUCUGGUACUUGCUGUCGGUUGAUCGCCAACAUACAUGUUGGCAAUCCUAUUGCAAGCAAGAGGACGGCACAGGGAAUACACCGUUAUGCAAUGUUAGGUACUUUGAUUGCGACUUCUCAAGCCCGGAUGAACAAACUUGGGCAAAUAGCACUGGUGUCUUUGCAAACUGCGAUGCUACUAACACUAGUAUCGCUUUCCUCUUCGGCAUGUUCCAACCUGCAUUGAGCAAUCAGGCUCCUGCUGAGGAGUUCGUUAAGAAGUACUUCUAUUCAUUCUGGUGGGGUUUGCAAAAUCUGAGCUGCUACGGCCAGACUCUGAUCGUCAGCACUUUUAUCGGGGAGACAUUGUAUGCCAUUUGCUUAGCUGUCGUUGGCCUUGUUUUAUUUGCACAUUUGAUCGGAAACGUCCAGACCUACCUGCAAUCUAUCACUGUGAGGGUCGAGGAAUGGAGGCUCAAGCAAAGGGACACCGAGGAGUGGAUGAGGCAUCGCCAGCUCCCUCACGAACUGCGAGAGCGGGUGAGGCGGUUUGUCCAAUACAAGUGGCUCGCAACCCGAGGGGUGGACGAAGAAUCGAUAUUGAAGUCCUUACCUGCCGACCUUCGGCGAGACAUCCAACGCCACCUUUGCUUGGACCUCGUUCGACGGGUCCCUUUUUUCUCGCAAAUGGACGGCCAACUACUUGAUGCCAUAUGUGAACGCCUCGUAUCCUCUUUAAGCACGGAGGGCACUUACAUCGUCCGCGAGGGCGACCCUGUCACCGAGAUGCUCUUCAUCAUCCGCGGCAAGCUCGAGAGCUCCACCACCAAUGGUGGCCGCACCGGCUUCUUCAACUCCAUAGCCCUGAAGCCCGGCGAUUUCUGCGGUGAGGAGCUCCUUGGGUGGGCCCUCCUCCCCAAGUCGACCACCAACUUGCCCUCUUCGACCCGUACGGUAAAAGCACUAGUCGAAGUCGAGGCCUUCGCACUACGAGCCGAAGACCUUAAAUUUGUCGCCACACAAUUCAGAAGGCUCCAUAGCAAGAAGCUGCAGCACGCCUUCCGGUUCUACUCCCCACAUUGGAGGACAUGGGCGGCUUGCUUUAUCCAGGCGGCCUGGCGGCGGUUCAAGAGGAGGAAGAUGGCGAAGGGCCUGAGCUUGAGGGAGUCGCUGUCGUUUAAGUCAGACGACUCGGGACAAGACGAAGAGGAGAGCAGUUCUCCCUCUACAAGUGCUUCUCACCCGAAGCAGAAUCUCGCGGUGUCGAUCUUGGCUUCAAGGUUUGCUGCGAGCACGAGGAAAGGAUCACAGAAGGUCAAGGACAUGGAUUUGCCCAAGUUGCAGAAGCCGGAUGAGCCGGACUUCUCGGCAGAGCCCUAUGAUUGAUGAAAAAAGUAACAUGGUUGAAUUCAAUUGGUUUGAAUUCGCUCGCAGUGUGAAGGGUUGCAUCGCGAGGAUUCGUCAAAGUGCCAUGAUUUGAAGGUUUGUAAAAUCUACGAGCCUUCGCUCCGAUAGAUAGUUUUCAGUGUAAUCUGAUACAGUAGUGUGCAUGUUAUUAGCCGAAGCAGAGUGGAAGAAGUGUCUCUGAUGGGCAUUGUAUCUGUUUCUUUCGUCGACAGAUACGUUCUGCUUCAUGCUGUACAAUUUAGAUGUAUUUAUUGGUAAUUAUUCACUUUGAAUAUUACAAACAUCAACACUAUCAUCAUUUGAUCAUAGAUUUUUAUUUUCGAAUACAACCUAAGAGUUUGGUUUUUACCUA